AUGACGACUUUUCCUACCAUCAACGGCACAGAGGUUUUCCGCCUGCCUCCUCCUGACUAUGGGCCUCUGAACUUUGACAACCCCAAGCAGCAGAAGAAGCUGGAGCAUUAUCUGAUCUUUGGACUCGGUGCCCCACUGGCAUUGAUUGCUCUGUUGCAGAGAUAUUACACCAAGAUCUUUUUGUCCAAGGGGUUGCAGAUUGAUGAUGGGUUCAUGUUUCUUGGCUGGGUAACUCUCCUUGAUAUCCAUGAUGCCAGACAGAUUCUGUUUCUGACUCUUGAUAGUUGUUCUGUCUUGACCCAAGCUUUGCUCAUCGCUUCCAUCGCACAAGGUGGAAUGUGUGCUCACAGCUGGGAGAUGAGUCUCGCAGACUUCCAACGAUAUUCCUUAAUAAGUUAUCUUUGCGGGCCAAUCUACCAGCUCUGCAAUGGCUUCAUCAAGCUGUCUCUCCUUUCCUUCUACCUCCACCUCUCUCCUCAAAGAUGGUUCCGGAUAGCAUUCCUUUGCAUCCCUCCCCGCAAGGCCUUUGACUUCAAGGUAGAAGGCGGCUCAUGCACUGAUGGGGCCAUUCUAUACAUGGCUACAGCCGUGUCAAAUAUUGUCACCGACGUGAUACUAUUUGUGUUGCCGAUUCCCAUGGUGUAUAAUCUACACAUGCCCAAGAUCCAAAAGUUUGGAGCUAUCAUCGUUUUUGCAAUUGGAUCCUUAACCGUUGCCACAUCGGUGAACAGACUGGUGUAUUUACCCGUGGUGCUAGCCAGCACAGAUGUUUCUUGGGACUCUGCACCCGCCAACAUAUGGAUAUUCAUUGAAGCAAAUCUCUUUGUCAUAUGCGGCUCCAUGCCGACCCUACGCAAGCUCUUUAAGCACUUCAUGCCUCGUAUUGUGGGAUCAUCGGGGGCCUCUCACUAUGGGGCAACGUCCUAUGGUCAGCAUCAGCAGAGCAACACGCUCAGCCCAGUGCGUAAAGGCCGCAGCCAGUAUGCGCAGUUUCCUGAGGAUAAUGCGACUGAACUUGAGAGAUUCUCUGACGAUGAUAACAAAAAUGGCGGGACGGUCGUGGUUGGUAAUGCAAGUACUGAAGGGCUACGGGACGAUCAUAGUGACAGGGCGAUUCUACAAACUCAGGCUUUUACAGUUCAGUACUCACCAUGA